CGUCAAAACUCAAAUUAAUUUCAGCACAAAGAAAAUGUUUUAAAGUUAUUACAAAAGUAUACAAGUUUACGUAAUAUUAGAUACAGGAAUAAUAAAAUAAACACUGUAUCUAAGCCCCUUCUCUUCACAGUCUCCAAACCGAAGCUCCGAAAGCAUUUUUUGGCCAAAUAAACUUGUUCGUUUAGCAUGUCCCUUCUAGAAGAUGUUUUCUUGGAAGAUGAGACUGAAGAAGCACACCAACUGGAGCGAGUCAUCGAGGGCGAUGAGUUUGAGGAGCGCCGCGACGACUCCGACGACAACAGUGAGAAGGAUGAUGAAGCAGUGGAAGACAAAAGGCGCAUAGAGCCAGAGUCCAAGCAACAGAGGGUAGUGAAGAACCCUCGGUUUGUGCUGAACCCGGCGCGCCUCACCGGGCCGCGAGGCAUCCAGGUCAUACCAGAACUUUUUAAAGACUUCAAGUUCAAAGGAAAGGGCCAUGAAAAGGAGGACUUAGAUUUAGUGUUGAAGAAAUUAGAACAUUGGGCUUACAGGUUGUACCCAAAGUUUAAGUUUGAGGAUUGCCUGAAGAAGAUUGAGACUCUAGGCAAGAAGAGACCUGUAAUGGUCCACUUACACAAGAUCCGCAACGACCAGUACCAAACCGAAGAAACAGUUGUCCAGAAAGACUCCAGUGAUGAUGAAGCAACCCCAGCUGCUCCACCAGAAGAGGAUGAGUUUGACAAGCUACUGCAGCAGCAGAUCGAGAUAGCGAGGAGCACACCGGGGCCCAACUCGGCUAAGAAACCAGGGUUCAGUACGCCUGUUGCUAAGAGAUUGGCUGUUGGGGAUGUUGGCACCCCAUUCACAAUGCCCAAGGGAACAUCAUCGCCAUCUAUAAGUGACGAGCAGAAAGAAAGAAUGAUAAGGAACAGAAAAAUGGCUGAAGAAAGAAGACUGGCUAGGCUAAAACAAAAUAAUUCUACUGAAAAUGCUCAUAAUGCGAUCCAAACCAUUGAGGAAGAUAAAGAGAACAGUAUUGAUAAUAGUCUUACAGUUGAUUCAACUGAAAUGGUACCAGCAAAUGAUAGUAAUGUAAGAAAAAGACACAACAAGUCAAAUGUUAUUGAUAGCAGUGAUGAUGAUGAUGAUGAACAUUUAGAAUCCAGUACAGUUUUGUCAUAUGGAAAUGGAGUUAACGAUGCUGAUAUGCGUGAAGAAACUAACAUUAAUAACCAAAAUGGAACACGGAAACAUAUAAAAUCAAAUGUCAUUGACAGCAGUGAUGAUGAUGAUGCUGAUACAUCUCAGAACCUAGAUAAUUUUGAGAAAUCGAAAGGUAAUAAAGAAAUUGUGGAUUUAACACAUAUUUCUGUUAAUAACUCUGCUAAAGCCACUGCUCCUACUCCUAGUAGCGAUUUUGAUAAAAUUGUAGAUUUGACAGAAGGCAGUGUUAAUGCUAAUACAGAACCUAUGAACAAUUUACCUAAAAAUGUAUCAAAUUAUAACAACAGUGAUAGUUCCGACGAGGAGUGUGAUGUGACGUCAGUAAACCAAUCUGUUGUAGUCGACAUCCAUAAGUCUAUCAACAAUGAUGAUAAAGAUACUGAUAAAGCUGAUAGAGAAACAUCAAAAGACAUUUCAGGAGCUGCUCUUGAAGUGGAUAUUAUUGAAGAAACUAAUCUAGUUGAAGAUACAGAAAAAUGUGUAGAAGCUAAUGAAAAUGGGCAACCUGAAGUGAGUAAUCCUGAUGAUAAAUUAAUAACCGAGACUGAUGUAGCUAUUUCAAAUGAUCUAAUGGAUGUUGAUUUUAGUGAAGAGUUUUAACAUUCACUCCAAUAGUUAUCCUUAGUUUAUGUAGGUACUAUUUAUUAAAAUAAAACGAUGUAAUUUAAAAUAAGUUUUAAUUUAUUUA